AUGAAGCCAACAUUUUUGGAUCAUCUGGAUGGACUCCGCCAGGAGUAUAAUAUUUUACAACAACAACUACAAACGCAGAGGAGUGAAAUGGAAAAACUAAAUAAUGAAAAAGAGCAAAUGCAAAGAGCAUAUAUGAUGUAUUAUGAGCUAAACUGUGCUAUGUCCAUGGAAGUUCAAAAGCAUAAUGAGUUAAGCAAGCGGUUGCACACUAUCUUAAAUUCGUUAGUGCCUUAUCUCCCUCAAGAACAUCAAAAUCAGGCUCAUCAGGCCAUUGAGCGUGCCAAAAAUAUAUCACCAAGUGAAAUGAAUCAAAUUAUGUCUCAGCAGAUGAUGAUGCCAGGAAUGGGAGGAAUACCUGGCAUGCCAGGCAUUCAACUUCCGCCUGGUAUACCAUUUCACCCAUCGUCCGCCUUGGCUGCCGUAGCGGCUAUGACCCGGUCUAAUCCUAGCGAUAUGCAAUCCAAUAAUAGCGAUCGUGGGGGAGCGGAAAGCCGACAAUCAACGUCUAGGCCGAGAACGGGAUCUCCUUCUGGUGACUCUGUAACUGCCUCUAAGAGGCCGAAGCUAGAAGAAGAUGUGGAUGGUGAUGGUGAACUUGAGAUUGAUGUUCAGAACGAUGAUGCUAUUCACUCUAAUGGAACAAGCAGUGCACCGCCCUCUUCUGUUAAGAAGGAAAAGGGCAGGGAGUCUAGUAAUAGUGUGAACUCGAGUAGGCCUAGCACUCCGGGUCGUAAUGGUAGAAAUGCUAUAGAAAAUCUACAGUUGCAGAGCAGUUUAUUAGGAGGUCUGAACCCUUCUAACCCUCUUGCUGCCUUUGGAGUAGGUCGUAAUGUUCCCAUGUUGGAUCCUCAGCAGCAGAUGCGAUUGCUCACAAUGGGAGCUGUGCUUCCCAAUGGAAAACCAUCCUACUCUUAUAAAAUUGCUGAAGGAACCUCUCAGUUAAUGCCAACAGUGUUUCCCAGCGAUGCUUUUUCGGGGGAAGGCAUUCCAAAGAAUGUGAACAAAGUUUACAACUUACCUCAUGGUGAAGUAGUUUGUGCUGUUGCUAUAAGUAGAGACAACAAUAGAGUAUACACAGGAGGUAAAGGAUGUGUCAAGGUGUGGGACAUUAGUAAGCGAGGUCCAGAUGUAUCAAGAACCCCACCAGCUCCUUUGUCUUCCUUAGACUGCUUAAAAGAUAACUACAUUAGGUCUUGCAAGCUUUUCCCAGACGGAUCUUCAUUAUUAGUUGGUGGAGAAGCUAGUGUUGUUACUAUUUGGGAUCUUGAGAAAAUGACUGUGAAAGCUGAAAUGGAUAGUGAGUCUCAAGCUUGUUAUGCUCUAGCUCUGUCGCCGGAUAAUAAACUUCUGUUCGCCUGUUGUGCUGAUGGAAAUAUUGUUAUUUGGGAUAUAGAAAAUAACAUAAAGGUUGCAUCUCUCCCUGGACAUAUUGAUGGAGCCUCAUGUGUUGACAUUUGGCGAGAUGGCACGAAGCUAUGGACAGGAGGGCUUGAUAGUACAGUGAGAACAUGGGAUCUUCGUGAGCGUAGGGAAGUUCAGAAAUAUGAUUUCCCCUCUCAAAUAUUCUCUUUGGGAUGUUGUCCAUCAGAUGAUUGGGUUGCAGUCGGAAUGGAAUGUAAUAACGUAGAGGUUUUGAGUCCAAACAAACCUGAGAAGUAUCAACUCCAUCAACACGAGUCUUGCGUUCUUUCACUCAAGUUUGCUAAUUCGGGUAAAUGGUUUGUAUCCACAGGAAAGGACAAUGUCUUACAUUCUUGGAGAACACCAUUCGGUGCCUGUUUGUUCUCUGCCAAAGAGAGCUCUUCUGUGUUAUCAUGUGAUAUCUCUUAUGAUGAUGCCAUACUUGUCACUGGAUCCGGUGAAAAGAAGGCCACUGUAUAUGACAUAAAUUACCAAUGA